AAUAAUUAAUUUUAGAUUUAUUUAAAAUAAAUAAUACAUUCAAAUUAAAUAUAAAAAUUUAUAAUUAAAAAUGAGUGAAAGUGCAUCAAUUAAUGAUGUACUUGAAAGUAAUGGUGCAUCAGAACAAGCCACUUACAAUGGAGAAAGUGAAGAACAUACAAACAAAUCACCUGGAAGUGGAGAAGAUAAAAUACCGGAUUCAAUAUGUGAUAAUGGAAUUAAAAAAAAUAAUGUAACUCCUAUAAUUGGAAGUAAUAAUACAAAUACAACUAAUAGAGCUAAAAAGAGAAAGAAAACUCCUAGAGAUGCUACUGCUCCAAAACAACCUUUAACUGGUUACUUCAGAUUUUUAAAUGAUCGAAGAGAAAAAGUAAGAAGUGAAAAUCCUACUUUAUCAUUUGCUGAAAUCACAAAACUUCUUGCUUCAGAGUGGAGUACUUUACCUGCUGAUCAAAAACAACAAUAUUUAGAUGCAGCCGAACAAGAUAAAGAACGUUAUAAUCGUGAAUUUAGUGAUUAUAAACAAACAGAAGCAUACAGGUUGUUUAGUGAAAAACAAUCUUCAGAAAAGCAACAAGAAAGCAAAAAAGAAAGAAAUGGAACUGAUAUAAAUUCUGAACAAAAUGAUAUUCAACAAGAUAAAGAUAACGACUUUACAGGUUUUGAUAUACCUAUUUUUACAGAGGAAUUUUUGGAUCAUAAUAAGGCAUGUGAGGCUGAAUUAAGACAAUUAAGAAAAGCUACUUCAGAUUAUGAAGCUCAAAAUGCAGUGCUUCAAAGACAUGUAGACAGUUUAUAUGCAGCUGUAAAUCGUUUGGAAUCUGAAACAAAUCAACAACGUACGACUAAUCAAGCUUUACAGCGUCAUUUGGAUUCCCUUCGUUCACAAUUAGCUGGUUGCUUUGCUACAAUAUCUCUGCCAGGAACAAAUGAAGGUGCAACAUUACAAAAUAUAGAUAGUUAUGUUGAAAGACUUGAAUCAUUAUUAAAUGGCAAUGUUGAACAAUCUUUACGAAAUGCUGUACGUAAUGCUGUAUCUCGUCUUGAAUUAAUUGGAUGACGAUCACCUCCCGGUAGUACAGCUACUACAUCAAUGAAACAUCAUCGUUCAAGACACUCACAUCGAAAAUAAAAAAGAGUAAUUGUGUUCUUUUUUAUAUAUUUUGUAAAAUAUAUUUUUUUUAAUAUUGUA